AUGACUCCCCAAAACUCCCUAGAAAGAGAAGCCCGUCGGCAGAGGAUUAUUUUGAGCCAGAGUCAAAAGGAUACUCUCUGUGCAUGGUUCGAAAAGAACCCUUAUCCUGACUUAGCUGCUAGGGAGUCUAUGGCCAGAGAAAUGGGCAUCUCAGAGUCCCAAAUUCUGACUUGGUUUCAAAAGCACAGACGACUCAAACAACGGGAGUCUGAAUGCUUCUUUAGAAAGAAUCAACCUCAGGGGCAAGCCAAGGCUCAAUUUAAGACUCAAGAAGCUAGAAGAACCCGGACUCACUUCACAAGAUGUCAAAUCAAUAUCCUAAUUCAAGCUUUUAAUGAGAACCGCUUCCCUGGGAUUGCAACCCGGGAAAACCUGGCUAGACAAACAGGCCUUCCAGAAUCCAGAAUCCAGAUAUGGUUUCAGAACCGAAGAUCUCGGCACCCAGAGCAGAGCCAAGGUAGACCCAUGGCUUCAUUGGCAAAAGGUCCGAAUCAGAGCCCUCCUGAGGCUGAUCAGCAGACCCAAAGCAUCCAAGGGGGAGGUAGGGACCCCAGAGAGCUCACAGACCUGGCAACGCUGCCUCUCAGAGUCUCUCCUCAGCCUCUACCUGGUAACCAACCAUUGCAGCACCAAGAUGAGUAUUUCUUUCUGCACUUUUGGGAUGAGUGGUUCCAGUCAUUCAUUGCUGAAUGGGAACCUGAGAAAGGCUACUAUUGGUCUCCUGGCCAGAGUGAGAUACAGGAGAUACAGGUUCAGAGCCAAUCACCUGAAAAUUCUUCUCAGCUGUCUCAGGAAGCUCAACAGCACCAGGUGUGA